UCUCUCUCUCUCUCUCUUCUUCUGCUUGUUGUUCUGCAAACCACUCAUCUCAACACCAUCUCCGUUUCCAUCUAUCCCAUUAAAGGGUAAAACAAAAUGCAAGCAGUAAUAGCUUCCAGCAGCUCCGCCGUACCUCCGUUCAGACCCCACACCGCCACCAAGACUCUCAUCUCCGGCAAACAUCUCCCAUUUCUCGGCCGCCGCAAGCUCUGCUGCGACGUCGUUUCACGUCUCCCCGUUCCAUCUCCCACUUCCCGGGGCGACGGUAAAGAAGACAUUUUUACCGUGGAACAAGGUUUAUUGCAGGAUAAUUUACCUCGUACAACGCGUCGUACGUUCUUCGCCCGUUUAUUAGUGUCCACGUGUUACUCUUAUCUUCUUCCUUCAAGGUACUUCCAAGCAUAUGCAUUAGGAGAUCCGUCAGUUACAGUUGAACAAGUCACCCCUUCAGUUUUCUCAGCUGGUCCACUUUUCCCAACCGAGGAAAGAAUUGUCAAACUAUUCGAGAAGAACACUUACUCUGUCGUCAACAUAUUCGACGUCACUUUGAGGCCCCAAUUAAAUGUCACCGGUGCAGUCGAGAUUCCCGAAGGGAACGGCUCGGGAGUUGUCUGGGAUGAACAAGGUCACAUUGUCACAAAUUAUCAUGUUAUAGGCAAUUCUCUUUCAAGAAAUCCAAGCAUCGGCCAAGUUGUUGCUCGUGUUAAUAUUCUAGCUGCCGAAGGAGGGCAGUGCAGCCCAUUUAGAAAUGAAGAUAGUCCGCAGCUGAUCCAAUUCGGCAAAGUCGUUCGAGCUGGUUUAAAUGUCGAAAUUGCCCCUGACCUUAUUGCGAAUCAACUCAAUGUCCGCAACGGAGCAUUAAUCUUGCAGGUUCCGGUGGAUAGUUUAGCAGCUAAAGCGGGGUUUCUACCAACUACAAGGGGUUUUGCUGGCAAAAUCGUGCUCGGGGACAUAAUAUUGGCGGUGGAUGGCAAAACGGUAAAGAAUAGAGCAGAAUUGUACAAGACAUUGGAUGAGUAUAGUAUAGGGGACAAAGUUGUCCUAAAUAUUAUGAGGGGCAAUCAAAUUUUGGAACUGCCUAUUGUUUUAGAGGAAAAUAAUUGAUGAAAGUUUUCUUAAUUAAUACAGUAAAAACAAUUAUUCGAGUGAUGAAUAUAUAGUAAUAUAACAUAUAUAUAUUUUUUUGAAUAUAUUUGUAAUUUAUAUU